CAGAAGAUAUGCCUGUUCUUGCAGUCCCCGCCCUGCCUUGCUCAUCCUCUUCCGCCCGAUAUUUCUAUAAGUGGAAAUUUUACUUUAUCCAUGGUCUGUGAUGAAAAAGAUCGGAGUUUUUGUGUGUCCCUCUGCACGAAAGACUGCUUUUUUUUAUGCAGAGGGGGGGCAGAUUGCAGGGGCAAGAUUCUUGCAUUCAUAAGCUUUCCAUUGACCAUUUCUUUGACAGCGGGGCGGCGGCAGCAGCAAUGGAGACGGGCGCGUCGUCGGGGACGGGGAGCUUUCCGGCCGAAGACGGUGAGAUUUGGGUGCCCGUGCUGUCCGAUCCUCUGGAUGGGGGCUCGAAUUCGCCGACCCAGGCGGAGAUUGAAGUCUAUUCAGCAUAUCUGGAUUAUGACGCCAUGGACUUCCAAGCAGUCUUAGAAGGACCCCAAGAUGAACACGAUAUUGGAAAAUUGUUUGGAGGUGCACGCAGUCCUACUUAUAUAAAGGAGGCGAAUUUAACUCAUGAGAUUGAAUGUGAAUUUUAUUCACCAACUAGUGAUCAUGGCAUGAUACAAACACUUGCGCCUGCGUCACCAGAAACCAAGGAGAUAAGGGGGAGGAGGAUAUCUGCGCCGGCCACGGCGCUUCCUGAGAAAGAGGAGGCCCCUGUCACCAUGGCUCUCGGAGGAGGAGGAGAGGAGGACAAGAAGAGAAAGGGAGGAGGGAAAGGGCACCCGCUGCCUUGUCACCGGAGAAGCAUGAGGCUUGCGCUCGCCGCCACGCCACUGGAGAUGGGGGCUUGUGCUACCUUCAUAGUAGACCUGCUAGAUUACAUGCCGAAAAGUGGUUGGAGGCACCGAAGUCGCGUGAGAAGUGCACGCAAGAGAGGAAUAUGGUCGUUAAACACGGAACAAACUCUCCUUCUGCCUAACCAUUUAGGGAAUGCGACAUGCUUUCAGGACAUGAGCUCUACAUGUAAAGGCAAAAAAUGUGGGCACAGAAAAAACAAUGACCACUGGACAUACGAAGAGAUGAAAAAACUAGUGGAUGCUCUGUAUAUAUCUGGGGUUGGAAAUUGGACGAAGUUGAAACAUGAGAACUUUUCAACAUCAGUUCGAACAGCAAUGAAUCUUAAGGAUAAAUGGAGAAAUCUUAAGAAAGCCUACACGGGAAAUGCUAAAAAAAAGAUCUUGCCGACUCUAGACAAGGCUUGUGUCGAAAAGAUCCAGAAGCUAGCCUCCAAAAUGAAGCUGCACUUGUGAAUGAUACAAGAAACAUUUUAUAGUACUUUUGGUGUAGGAAUGAAUCAGCAACAGGAGUUCUGUUAUUUUUUCUAGGACAGCAAGGCAUAGGCCGGCUG